AUGUUCCCCUGGGGGCCCAGCUGCCUGUCGGUGCUGGGGGCAGCGGGCGCCGCUCUCCUGUGCGCCGGCCUGCUGCUCAGCCUGGCCCAGCACCUCUGGACGCUCCGCUGGACGCUGAGCCGCGACCGGGCCUCCGCCCUGCCCCUGCCCAAGGGCUCCAUGGGCUGGCCCUUCUUCGGCGAAACGCUGCACUGGUUAGUUCAGGGCUCCCGCUUCCACAGCUCCCGCCGGGAGCGCUAUGGGACAGUGUUCAAGACGCACCUGCUGGGCCGGCCGGUGAUCCGCGUGAGCGGCGCCGAGAACGUGCGCACCAUCCUGCUGGGCGAGCACCGCCUGGUGCGCAGCCAGUGGCCGCAGAGCGCUCACAUCCUACUGGGCUCGCACACGCUGCUUGGCGCAGUUGGCGAGCCGCACCGGCGGCGGCGCAAGGUCCUGGCACGUGUGUUCAGCCGUGCAGCUCUGCAGCGCUUGGUGCCCCGCCUGCAAGGGGCGCUGCGGCGCGAGGUGCGCUCCUGGUGCGCGGCCCGCCGGCCGGUUGCCGUCUACCAGGCCGCCAAGGCGCUCACCUUCCGCAUGGCUGCGCGCAUCCUGCUGGGGCUACGGCUGGACGAGGUGCAGUGUGCGGAGCUGGCCCGGACUUUCGAGCAGUUCGUAGAGAACCUCUUCUCGCUGCCCCUGGACGUCCCCUUCAGCGGCCUGCGUAAGGGCAUCCGGGCACGAGACCAGCUGCAUCGGUACCUGGAGGAGGCAAUUGCAGAGAAGCUUCAUGAAGACAAGGUUGCAGAGCCGGGUGACGCCCUCGACAUGAUAAUCCACAGCACUAGGGAGCUGGGCCAUGAGCUCUCAGUGCAGGAGCUCAAGGAGACCGCCGUGGAGCUCCUCUUCGCCGCCUUCCUCACCACGGCCAGUGCCAGCACGUCCCUCGUCCUGCUGCUACUGCAGCACCCGGCGGCCGUCGCCAAGAUCCGGCAGGAGCUGGCGGCGCAGGGACUGGGGCGCGCGUGCGGCUGCGCGCCGGGGGCCGCGGGGGGCGGUGCGGGGCCCCGGCCAGACUGCGGCUGCGAGCCCGACCUCAGCCUCGCGGCGCUGGGCCGCCUGCGCUACCUCGACUGCGUGGUCAAGGAGGUGCUGCGCCUCCUGCCGCCGGUGUCCGGGGGCUACCGCACGGCGCUGCGCACCUUCGAGCUCGACGGUUACCAGAUCCCCAAGGGCUGGAGCGUGAUGUAUAGCAUCCGGGACACGCACGAGACGGCCGCGGUGUACCGCAGCCCGCCAGAGGGCUUCGACCCCGAGCGCUUCGGCGCGGCUGGGGAGGAUGCGCGGGGCGCCUCGGGCCGCUUCCAUUACAUCCCCUUCGGCGGCGGAGCGCGCAGCUGUCUCGGCCAGGAGCUGGCACAGGCUGUGCUCCAGCUGCUGGCGGUGGAGCUGGUGCGCACGGCGCGCUGGGAACUGGCCACGCCUGCCUUCCCCGCCAUGCAGACCGUACCCAUCGUGCAUCCGGAGGACGGGCUGCAGCUCUUUUUCCACCCGCUCGCACCUUCGGCGGCGCGGGAUGGGCUACACCUCUGA